UCUUCAUUCAAAUUAAACUGCUAAGUCUUAACCAACUAGUCCCUUCUGCUCGUUUCAUAUAUACAAGACAGAUUAUAGCUGAUUUGCAUCUGGACUAGUGCUGUUCUUGUUAUCAUAAACUAGACGUAUAAACUCAUUCGCUAAGGUGUUUUGCAAUGCGUCGAGCAGAUUCCACGCUGUUCGCCCCAUAUCGCUCAAUGGGGGUCGUAUGUUCGGAUCUCCGGCCGGUGAUUCGACCAAAUGAGUCUAAGACUAGAAUGACCUCCAUUAUCUGUCCAGUGGAUAAUGUUCUUAUGCAUUACAAAGCUGAAAAGUUGAGACUUAUAGGAAUAUCCGAUGUCCUUUCCGAUCUUAUCACAGCUGUCGCAGUAGACGGAAGUGGGGUCUAUGCUGCCAAUGGUACCUCGAUAGCUGUAUUGAAAACAUGCCGUCAUGUCAGCAAAUCUAUCAACCUAGGAAUAAAAACGAAAUUUCUUAAGAUAUUGGGCUAUAAUCUGAUUGCUGUGGAUGAGGAAAAUGGCAUAAGAGUGGUGAGCAUACCUGACGGACAACAAAUCCUCCACAUGGAAGGUUCGAAGGAGUUCGAAGUAACUUCCGUUGUCCACCCAUCCACCUAUUUAUACAAGAUUCUCAUUGGUUCCUCUAUAGGAAAGCUGCGUCUAAUCAACUUUCGGACAGGGCGGAUCAUACACGAAUUCAAAGCAUUCGACUCUGCAGUGACCGUGCUCGAGCAGUCCCCGGCUAUUGAUGUGGUGGCGAUUGGACUAGUUAGCGGUCAAAUAUUCUUACAUAAUAUUCGGCUUGAUGAAACAGUAUGCAAGUUUCGUCAUGAAAGCUCAAUCACAGCGAUAGGAUUCAGAACUGGUGAAGAACCUUUCAUGACUAGCGCUGAUAUCACCGGAGAAAUGGUAGUGUGGAAUUUGGAAAAACGCCAAAUGAUUGGCAAGAUCUCCAAUGUACAUCGUGCUGCGGUUACCGAAUUGUAUUUUAUGCCUGGUGAACCGGUUAUGGUUUCUGUAUCUGCUGACAACUCCAUACGUACAUGGAUUCUAGACGGUGUAGACGGUAUGCCUCGUCAGUUGGUGGUCCUUGAAGGACACGCAGACGCUGUCACUGCUGUUUACUUCAACGGAAAUCAAGAGGUCAUCUCUUCUGGUCUUGAUGGCUCCGUUCGCAAGUACAUGGUUCACGUUGAGACUAUGAGACAGAAGUUGGGAAGUGCGGGAACUAUUUCCAAGGCUUCGGCCAAAAUGAGGCAUAUCCCAUGGAAAGGGAUAGAAAUGGAACCAGUAAUCGGCAUGGCGAUUGGCUGGAGUAGAGAAGCCGCUUGGGACAAUGUUAUAUGCAGACAUAAGAAUUCUCCUUUUGUGACAACCUGGACCACAAGAAAAAAUUCGUUGGGAACUCAUAAGUUAAUGCAUGACCGAUUUUCGAAGAAAACUGCGCUACUCAAAGCCAUAGUCACUGCUAUUUCGAUAUCACCUUGUGGCAAUUUUGCUUUCGUAGGAUAUUCUACAGGUCAUAUUGAUCAAUUCAAUGUGCAGAGUGGUCGCUUUCUAGGAACAUUCGUCAGUCCCCUUGAAGAUGAUUCAAAGCUGCAAGGGAACGAAAAUUAUGAACAAAGAGCCCAUAAGAAUAGCAUCACAGUGUUGGCAGUGAAUGCUCGAGGCUCGGAACUCACCAGUGGUUGUGUCGGUGGUUGGCUCAAGUACUGGCAAAUGCGAACAGGAAAACUCUUAGCAACAAUGCGAACGCGCUUGCGUAUCAAGCGUUCUGCACCAUCUGUGUCGAACAGUUUGUUGGCGCUGGCAUGUGCAGGAGACAAAGGUGACUCUGUGGUAAUUAUUGAUACCCUCUGUCGUCGCGUCGUACGUACCUUCGAUAAUGUUGGCAAAACUGUUAAUGCCUUGUCGUUUUCAAGUGAUGGCCGAUGGCUCCUCACUGCAGAUAACGCCAGAUACAUCAGGGUUUGGGAGCUUUCCACAACUCAGCUCAUAGAUGUAAUGUUAUUCGAUAAACCUUGUAUAGGCAUGUCCUUCAACAGUACCGGAGAAUACCUAGCCACUAUUCAUGAGGGAGAGAGAUCUAUAUUUGUUUGGGCGAACAAGAAAAUGUAUGCAUCGCAUGUUAAUAUACGUUCUCUUCCGCUGGAUUAUCUUCCAACUUGGAAAUCAAGUGUACCAGAAAUCGGUGUAAACACUUACGUUAUUGAUGAUGAAAGUGAUGAUGAAUAUGAAGGGAGCGAACAAGUUGAUGCGUCACUGGUAACGUAUUCUGGGUUGGCUCCUUCGCGGUGGGCAAAUCUUCCCGAGCUCGCCCUAAUAAAAGAACGUAAUAAGCCUCAGCAGCCAGCGAGGAAAGCAAAAAAGGCACCGUUUUUUCUUUCCGCGGCACCUACUUUGGAAGGUUUUGAAUUUAAUGUUGCUCAAGAAGAUGAUGACGAGAAACGGCGCACACUCCUAGCGAAACGAAGUCUUCUUGAGCUUGAGAGCUCAUUCAGUUCAUUGCUAAGAAGGGCUACUGACAGCAAGAGCUAUCUUGACGUGUUCUCAACUUUAAAGAAUAUGUCCGUAUCAGCAAUCGAUUUUCAACUUCGUUCUUUACCGACUGAUGUGUUACCAAAUUUUCUCAAAAUGCUAAAAGAGGUGUUAAAAACUAGAAAAGAUUUUGAUCUAGUACAAGCAUACCUUGCCACUUUCCUCAAAAUUCAUAGAUCAACUUUAUGGCGAAAAGAGGAUGAUGACAGAGGAGAAGACCUUUCAGAAGUCUUGGAAGAGCUUUCAGCACUUGAAGAAUGCGUGUGGGCAGAUUAUGAGCAAGUUUUGGUCGAAAACGCUGCUGUUGUGCAACAUACGGCUUGA